AUAUAGUAUUAUUUUCGUAUGGGAGAAGAAGAGCCCAAGGCCAUUCCAGUGGAAGAAUCAAACCCUUCUGUGGCUGUUUCUGUAGCAACGACAGACAUGGCCAGAACUCACACCACACUAUCACCUCCCAAACCUUCGUGGUUCACUCCAAAAAGGUUACUCAUUAUAUUUUGUGUGAUUAACUUGUUAAAUUACGUGGAUCGAGGAGCAAUAGCAAGCAAUGGUGUGAAUGGUAGUCGCAGAACUUGCACAACAAGUGGUACAUGCUCCUCUGGUAGUGGAAUUCAGGGUGAUUUUAACUUGAACAAUUUCGAGGAUGGCGUUCUAUCUUCUGCUUUCAUGGUUGGACUUCUUGUGGCAUCUCCAAUAUUUGCAUCUUUAGCGAAGAGCGUUAAUCCAUUUAGGCUUAUCGGAGUUGGAUUGACAGUUUGGACUUUUGCUACUGCUGGUUGUGGUUUUUCAUUUGAUUUCUGGUCCAUCACAUUCUGCCGCAUGUUAGUGGGUGUUGGUGAGGCUUCUUUUAUAAGUCUUGCAGCUCCUUUCAUUGAUGAUAAUGCUCCAGUUGCGCAGAAAACAGCAUGGCUGGCUAUAUUUUAUAUGUGUAUACCCUCUGGAAUUGCACUUGGUUACGUUUACGGUGGAUUGGUAGGAGGUCAUUUCAAUUGGCGUUUUGCAUUCUGGGGGGAGGCAAUUCUGAUGCUUCCAUUUGCUAUUUUAGGUUUUGUUAUGAAACCUUUGCAAAUGAAAGGUUUUGCUCCUGCUGGAUCAAAAAAGGCAUUGAUAGGUGUGGAAACCGCUGUCUCAGAAAGUCAAGAUAUAUAUAGCACUACAGAACUCAAGCUUUGGAGAGAGGCUCCAAUUGGAACAAACCUAUACUGUUACAAAAAUGAGGAUGUUCCAAAUGAUGUUUCAAAAGGUAGGGGUGACACAUUGUCCACAAAGGAAGAGUUCGCAGAUGAAAGCUCUAAUAAACCUUCCAAGUCAAAAGGUGCAAGCAGUGGUUCGAAUCAGUUCUCAAGAUUUAUGAAAGAUAUUAAAGUGCUUCUGCUUGAGAAAGUUUAUGUUGUAAACGUUUUAGGAUAUAUAGCAUACAACUUUGUCAUUGGUGCAUAUUCAUAUUGGGGGCCAAAGGCCGGUUAUAAUAUAUAUCACAUGAACAAUGCAGAUAUGAUAUUUGGAGGGGUUACAAUUGUGUGUGGGAUCCUGGGAACACUGGCAGGAGGUUAUGUUCUGGAUUAUAUGAAUUCCACAAUCUCCAAUGCUUUUAAGCUUCUUUCAGUGGCAACGUUUGCGGGAGCGGUAUUUUGCUUUAGUGCCUUUUGUUUUAAGAGCCUCUAUGUUUUCCUAGUUCUUUUCUCAAUUGGUGAACUACUUGUAUUCGCCACUCAGGGUCCUGUGAAUUAUGUGUGUCUCCAUUGUGUUAAACCAAGUAUGAGGCCGAUAUCUAUGGCCAUGUCUACUGUCUUGAUUCACAUAUUUGGUGAUGUACCUUCCUCUCCACUUGUUGGAGUUCUCCAGGAUCAUAUUAACAACUGGAGGAAAACUGCUCUGAUUUUGACAUCUAUUCUGUUUCUGGCAUCUGGAAUAUGGUUUAUUGGUAUCUUCCUUCACAGUGUGGACAGAUUCAAUGAAGAUAGUGAGAAUGAAGUAGCCAUAAGCGACAGGUCAAACACAACACCGUUGCUUGAAGAGAAGACAGCAGAAACAACCGAACCUUCUGGUGAACCAUAAAGUGCUAGUCAGAAUAACAAGCAAUCGAUUCUGGCUGUGCGCCUUACAUGAAUUUCAUGUACAUGCUCUGCUUGAUGCUUUUCUUUUCUGUAGAUAACGCUCCAAUUGUGGUUAGAAUCUGUUCAUAUUGUUGAUAGUUUUAAAAGAACGGUGCAAGAUUUUGAAAUGAUUCUCUUAACAAGGCUUCGGCAGUUUUAGGGCUUACAUUUCUAAUUUGUUUGCUGUAAGAGGGUGUGUAAUCCUCAUGUUGAAUGCUAGUUUGAUUAAUAAUAGUUCUUUGAAAUAAUUUUUCAGAAUA